UUUCCCGCCAAUAAAACCAACCUGUUCCCGGGCAACCCGACGAUCGUCCGCCUCCGCACCGUAACGGCCACCGAUUCCGCCCCCGCAGAAAACCGCCUACGCUCCUCCGCCCCCGCCCCCGCGACCGAUCAAUCCUCAGAUGAAGUCUCAGGACGAGCUGAUGUCACCCCCGGGUGAAAGCCUCUUCGAGGACACCUUCCUCAGGGUGAAAUGCGACUACGGCGACCUGUCCGACAAAUUCAAACACAAGAAUAAGGACUUUUCAAAACAAUACGCUCACAUUUACUCGGUCAGACUCGCCAAAAUGAGAAAAACCCUUUUAAAAAGGGUUGAGGACAAAUUCGGUGACCAGUGGAAAGUGAAGAAAUUGGCUGAUCUGCAAGACGAAAGCGAUAUUGGUAAAUGUUUUGUAAUCGGAACAAUUUUCAAGAACCAGGAGCUUCGUCCUAGCGUACUCAAAGAACUGAGCGACGAGCUUCAGAUCGUGCCUCAGCCGAAGGUUGUGCGUUUUGUGGGCGACAAGGAUAGUCUCAUACUUGAAGACGAUUUACAGAGAAUCCGUCUUGUCGGAAACAUCGAUGUCCAUUCUAUUGUCACCGGUGUUGUCGUGGCAGUACUCGGAGUCGUUGACAACACGGGGAAAUUCAACGUGGAACAGGUUUGCUUUUCUGGUCCUGAAUCGCCCUCAAGUCUUACCAUCAAAACAAAAGAACCGGAGCGGUAUCUAGUGAUUUUAAGUGGGUUGGACUUGGCUGCAGCGGCCGACAGCCUUCUAUCGCUCAGGAUGUUCACAGAUUGGGUCACGGGAUGGCUCGGUGGGCCGAGCGAUCAGCAUAAAAACUCAAGAAUUGCGCUCGUCCUUAUUGCAGGCAAUAUGCUGAGGGGAUGCAGCGCACUGAAAGAAGGGAAAAUAAUCAGCACAAACAUCGACAAUACAGAUAUUGUCACUUCUUUGAAAUUGGCAGACGAUCUCCUAGCAGAACUUGCAGAAACUGUUCAUGUUGAACUGAUGCCAGGAGAAUUUGAUCCGACAAAUUACACUCUCCCUCAACAGCCAAUUCACUACACCAUGUUUCCAAAGGCAUCUUCAUUCUCAAGUCUCCAUGGCGUUACUAAUCCUCAUAGUUUUCAAGUGGAAAAUAGAAUCAUAACUGGCUGUUCUGGCCAAGCGGUUUCCGAUGUCGGUCGUUACAGCGAUAUCACCGAUCCAAUUCAAGCUUUAAAGGCUACAUUUCAUUGGGGCCACCUUUGCCCCACAGCUCCAGAUUCUCUUUCUUGUUACCCGUUUUAUGAUGAAGAUCCUUUCAUAAUCGAAAAUCAACCGGACGUUUAUUUUUCGGCGAACCAUGACAAAUUUCAGACAAAGCUCAUCACAUUCGAUCACGGCAAUGGAGUCAGUCAAGAAACGAGGCUCAUCUGUGUACCUUCUUUCAGCAAGACAAAAAGCUGCGUCCUCGUCAAUCUCUCGACACUGGAUUGUGAAAGAGUCUCCUUUAGCGUAGGUUCCUUGCAUUGAUGGAAGCCAUAAGCAUCGGAAUGAUCAGUGCCGAUACUGCAUUUAUAGCUAGUAUGUGUAUAUAUUGAAAACGUGUAAACUGUGUUUAAAUUAAAUGUUAAUAUAGACUAAAGUCUCUCCUCUUCA